AUGGAGUGGGCCAACCACACGGUGACCGAGUUCAUCCUGCUGGGCUUCACAGCAGAUCCCAGGAUGCAGCAGGUACUGUUUGUGGUGUUCCUGGUGGUCUAUGUUUUGACUCUUCUGGGAAAUGCCACCCUCAUCACGCUGAUCUGUAAUGAUGCCCGGCUCCACACACCCAUGUACUUUUUUAUUGGAAAUCUGUCUUUCCUAGAUCUCUGCUUGUCCUGCGUCUACACCCCAAAGAUCCUCCAGAUCUGCAUCUCUGAGGACAAAAGCAUCUCCUUUGCAGGCUGCGUGGCCCAGUUCUUCUUCUCCGCUGGGUUGGACUACACUGAGUGCUACCUGCUGGCCGCCAUGGCCUACGACCGCUACGUGGCCAUUGCAAAGCCCUUGCUCUAUGCCCAGGCCAUGCCCACGAAGCUGUGCACCUUCUUUGUGGCAGGCUCCUAUAGUGCAGGCUUUAUUAAUGGCUACAUCAUCACCAAGGACACUUUUACCUUGACGUUCUGCAGUGACAAUGUCCUAGAUGACUUCUUCUGUGAUAUCCCACCCCUGGUGAAAGUAGCCUGUGGCAAAAAGAAGAGCUACCAGGCUGUGCUGAUGUUCCUCCUGGCUUCCAAUGUCAUCACACCCCUCGCCCUCAUUCUGGCCUCCUACCUCUUCAUCAUCGCCACCAUCUUGAAGAUCCGCUCCACCCAGGGCCGCCUCAAGGCCUUCUCCACGUGUUCCUCCCAUCUGGUCUCUGUCACCCUGUACUACGGGUCCAUACUCUACAUCUAUGCUCGACCCCGAUCUAGCUAUUCUUUGGAGAGGGACAAAAUCAUUUCUACAUUUUACACUGUGGUGUUCCCCAUGUUGAAUCCGGUGAUCUACAGCUUCAGGAAUAAGGAUGUGAAAGAGGCCCUGAAUAAACUAUUAAGUAGUUUAUAG